UCGAUACUGACUCCCGGUUUUGACCCUUUUCCGCUUUUGACCUACGGCUUCGGACUCUCCUCUGAUUGGUAGCUCUGCUACUGAAAAAAAGCCCGAUCCAUUCAUGGAAAUGGGAGCGAUCGGUGCUUUAUCACUGUGUGUGGAAACACCUAGAGCCGUGUUUGGUGUGCCCCUCAUUAGUCUGAGGAAGAGUGGACAGAUGAGGCAGGGUCUUCCUCUGGCGCUCACACACAUGGUGGAGUUUGUGGAGAAGCACGGUCUCAGCAAGAUCGGCCUGUUCAUAGUCGGCGGAUCAGUACAACGCUGCAGGGACCUAAAGAAAGGUUUCGAUGAUGGAGGCUUUCCAGAGCGUGACAGUAGGGAUGUAGAUACUUGGGCCUCCUUACUGAAACAUUUCCUCAAGGAAAUACCUGGUGGACUUAUCCGGAGCCACACAAGACACAACUGCUGCAGGUGUUCAGGCGUUCCUUUCAGCCCCACCAUGUUUAAGGAACAGGGGCAGUGUAAUGCUUUGAUUAAGCACCUGCUGGACAAUCUGAUCCACCUGCUGCCAGACAUGUAUCUUCAUGCAUCCGCCAGCAACACAGCAGUGAGUUUAUUACUCUACUACUCACUCAUGUUAUAA